AUGUCGGAGCGCCGCCCGUCACCUCGUCCGUCCAUGUCGCCGCCGGCCGACGUCAUGCACCUCAUCCUUCAGUUCAUAGCUGACACGUCGACGGCCUUCGCACUCCUUUCGGCACUGCCCCGCGCGCUCUGCAGCCCACCGAUGCAGAGCCUUGCGGAGCUCGCCCGCCGUGUACCCCGUCGCCGGCUGUGGCCCAUAUUGGAUCUGCCAGCGAUCGCCACCGAGAGCACGGAGCACGUUCAGCGCGCGUGGCAGCUCGUUGGGAAGCUGCGGGUGCCCGACGCUGCGACCUCGAUCGACGUGCUGGAGCGCUGCUUGGCCUCGUCGUCCGGUCUCGUCUCGUGGGCGCUGCUCGAUCGCGUGCCCGCCCGGAUUCUCUCGCUCGUGUCCUUCACGCGCCUGUGUGAAAUCACGGUUGGCGACAUUGGCCAGCGACAGCUGGACCGCGUCGGGCAGCUCAUGCUGGCCAGUCGAACGCUGCGCCGCGUCCGCAUCGUGUGGCACGGCGGGCCGGCGACGCUGCUGGGCUGGCUGCACAUCGUGCUAGCAUGCGAACGCAUUACGCACCUUGAGAUUGAAGGCGACGAGCACGAGUGGCACUUGCGCCAACGGCAGCCCGCGCACGUCAAGCGCUUGCCGCCCGCGUCGGUCAUGAGCCUCGGCGCGAUUUUUGCCCAUCAUCCGAUCGCGUUCUUCAAGCUCGUGCGUCUCGAGUUCGCGUCGGAAAUUCUCUACAAUGAUUGGUUCGCUGCAACCGACGCGUGCCGCAGCCUCGCGGUUCUCGAAGCCGACCACUGCGAACGGUUUGUCGACCAGGUGCUGGCCCACUGCCCGCGGUAUAUCUGCAUACUUCGGUCGACGAGGUCGAGCCAUGGCGGGCAAUUCCACCGCCAUCCCGCGUCCUUUGCUUCAGCAGCAAGCGCGCGAGGCGGCGCGCACAAGUGCCUCGCGCACCUCCAGAUCGCGCGCAUCGAAACGCUCUCGAUGUUUUUCAAGGCGACAUUGCAGCAGUAUGCGCACCUCGCGCACCUGAACUUGAGCCAGACGAACUUGCACGCGUACGGCCUUCACGACAUCCUCGAGGCGCUCCAGCAGACACCGAUUACGGCGCUUCACUUGGCCGACAACCACCUCGGCGACGACGGCGCGGGCUUACUGGCACGGGCGCUGCCCCACUGGUCAAGUCUUCGCGAACUCAACCUCAGCAACAACGCGAUCGGAGACGACGGGAUGCUGCUGCUGGCCAGCGUUUUGCCGCACUGCUGGUACCUCCAGAAGCUCUAUUUGCUCUGUAAUCGGCUUCAGAUCGCGGGUGUCUUGGCAUGGGCCGCGUGCGUGCGCCAAGGGCUGCCGAGCCUCGAAUGGCUCGAUCUGUCGUACGCAGGAAUGACACUGGAUCACGUGGGGCGUCUACUGCAUGCCAAGCAAGCCAGCCCGCUGCUCGCAGUCGACAUCAAUGUGUACAAUGACGCGUGGACCGCAUACGACGUCGAGGGGAUCGUGGCCGUGGCUGCAGCGCAAGGGAUAUGCACGUUGUUGGUCCAUGACGUCGACCUCCCACCCGUCGGCGCGGCGUUCCAGUCCCAGCACGACGACGACGAUUUGAGUGAGUUUGCCCCUGAGACCUUUUUUCACCAGCUUUUGCUGCGAUAA